GAACAUCUUUGAGGCUCCAUUGCUAAAGACCUGCUCGGUGGGUAGUGCGCCUGGCGAACUUUCAUCCACAAUUUUCGGCUGUACGAUCGCCGCUGCUGACCGAGAAGCACACAAGCGGAUUUCACAAGUGCGUCCGCACCUCUCUGGGUCUCCGCCGCGCAGAAACCACAAAUUUUGACAGCUCCCAGAUAAAAUGGCAUCAGUCAUCGCCUACGUUGUUGACGGCUACCGUGACCUUAUGGACAACAAAAGUGACCCUCGUGUGAACGAUUGGUUCUUGAUGAGCGGACCGGCGCCGACGGCGCUUAUCUGCCUCACCUACGUGUUCAUCGUCAAGUAUCUGGGACCGAAAUUGAUGGAAAACCGCAAACCUUUUGAACUUCGCCAAGUUCUCAUUUGGUACAAUGCCUUCCAGGUUGCUUUCAGCACAUGGCUUUUCUACGAGUGUCUUGUUUCUGGCUGGUGGACCCACUACAGUCUGAGGUGCCAGCCCGUCGAUUAUUCGAAUGACCCUAUGGCCCUGAGGAUGGCCCGCGGAUGCUGGUGGUACUACUUCUCCAAGUUCACGGAGUUCUUCGACACUUUCUUCUUUGUGCUGCGCAAGAAGAACAACCACAUUUCCACCCUGCACGUCAUCCACCACGGAGUGAUGCCCCUGUCCGUCUGGUUCGGCGUCAAGUUUACCCCUGGUGGCCACAGCAGCUUCUUCGGCCUUCUUAACACCUUUGUGCACAUCAUCAUGUACGCCUACUACCUUGUCGCCGCCCUCGGACCCCAGUUCCAGAAGUUCAUCUGGUGGAAGAAGUACCUCACUGCCCUCCAGAUGGUCCAGUUCGUCGCUGUGAUGGUUCACGCCUUCCAACUGCUGUUCACCGAUUGCAACUACCCUCGCGCCUUCGUCUGGUGGAUCGGAAUGCACGCCGUCAUGUUCUACUUCCUGUUCGCCGACUUCUACAAGCAGUCUUACGAGAAGAAGUCCGCCGCCCAGAAGGCGGGCCAGAAGUCUUUGUCGCAGAAGAUCUCGGAGGGAGUGAACAUUUGCCACCCCGGCGCCCUUUACCAGACCCCCGAGGAGAGCGUGAACAAGCAGAUCGCCAACGGUUUCACUUCGCCCCACGACUCGACCAUGAGAAACAGAGCCUACGUCAAAGGCAGCUCGUUGCAAUAAACUUUGCGUCGCGCUCCUGGCGAUUCACCUCACGAUUUUCUAAGUCUCUCCAUCGUAAUUUUAAUGCACUGCAUUUCAUUCGUGUUCCUUUUGCACUUGCUAGGUUCUGUUGAACUUUCAUAAUUUCCACCCUAUCCCUUCUUUUUAUUACUUUCUCUUUUAAAUUUGAAUUCUCCCUCUUGGUUAGCCUCUGAUUUUUCGUUUCCCCUAAAAGUAACGUAAAUAUUUACACUACUUCCCUAUAUCGCGUCUCUCUCGGCUUUUUGUUCUGUCCCUUUUUGCUCUUUUUGUCUUGGGUUGAGGCCGAUUUUGAGCAAUUACCAAAGCAAAAUCGGCCAGCAGCGUUUUAAAUGCUCCUCCUAUACUGUCCCCUUUGCCCCGGUGUCUCAGCAAUGCAAUAGUUUACUUGCCUAAUUAUGUCUGGAGAAACUGAGGUGAAAAAAUUCCAACUUCCGGCAAAGUCUCCGUAGCCAUACUCGAACUGUGAUCGAAACAAUUUUAGCUAAUUGUGUAUUAAGCUGCCUUGUAAUUUAUUUCAAACGCGGACUGGAAAUCGAUUUUUUCGGUCCAAAUUUUCGGAAUCUUUUGUUUUUCGACUCUCGCGUGGCGCACGUGCUUUGCCUUUUGUUUCUCAGCCAGUGUCAAGAGUCAGUGGAUGGUCUUUGUUCUUUUUUCCCUUAUUCUUCUUGGUCAGCACAUUUCAACGUAUGAUUGUCGACGAAUUUCCUAUUUUUUACUCAUGUGUGAAUAAGCAUUUUUGUACAAAUGAAAACUUGUAAUAAAAGCGAAAAAUAUUAUGUACCUAAAA